GGAGGUAUGUCUGCGCGCCACCGCCGGGGCUGCAGCGGUCCACGCGAGAUGGCCUCCAGUAACCCACGUGCCAGGUAGCAUUCUAUGCCAAUCUUGAAUGUCAACAGGAAGUCGCUGGACAGUGAACUCGACCAAGAUCAUAAUUGGGCAAUUGGAGUAACUUGGAAAAGGAGAAAAAAGAAUGGAAACCAUGACAAAAGUAAAUAGAGCUCGGUCCACCUCCCCGCCAGAUGGAGGUUGGGGCUGGAUGAUUGUGGCCGGCUGCUUCCUUGUCACCAUCUGUACCCGGGCAGUAACCAGAUGUAUUUCAAUUUUUUUUGUGGAGUUCCAGACAUACUUCACUCAGGAUUAUGCACAAACAGCAUGGAUCCAUUCCAUUGUGGACUGUGUGACCAUGCUCUGUGCUCCACUUGGGAGUGUUGUCAGUAACCAUUUAUCCUGUCAAGUGGGAAUCAUGCUGGGUGGCUUGCUUGCAUCUACUGGUCUCAUCCUGGGCUCCUUUGCCACCAGUCUGAAGCAUCUCUACCUCACUCUGGGAGUUCUUACAGGUCUUGGAUUUGCACUUUGUUACUCUCCAGCUAUCGCCAUGGUUGGCAAGUAUUUCAGCAGACGGAAAGCCCUUGCUUACGGGAUCGCCAUGUCGGGCAGUGGCAUCGGAACCUUCAUCCUGGCUCCUGCGGUUCAGCUCCUCAUUGAACAGUUUUCCUGGCGGGGGGCGUUACUCAUUCUUGGGGGCUUCGUCUUGAACCUCUGUGUUUGCGGUGCCUUGAUGCGGCCCAUCACUCUUCGAGAGGACCGGACAGCUCCAGAGCAGAACCAUGUCUGUCGACCUCAGAAACAAGACUGGAAGCCGGCGUCUCCCUGCUCCCCGGGGGCUGCAGGACCAGGGCAGACCUGCCGCUGCUGCUCCUUGCAGCAGGAGUACAGUUUCUUACUGCUGUCGGACUUCGCCGUGUUCGCCGUCUCCGUCCUGUUCAUGGCUUACGGCUGCAGCCCUCUCUUUGUGUACCUGGUGCCUUAUGCGCUGAGCGUGGGAGUGAGUCACCAGCAGGCUGCCUUCCUCAUGUCCACGCUUGGGGUGAUCGACAUCAUUGGCAAUGUCACAUUUGGAUGGCUAACCAACAGAAGGUGUCUGAAGAAUUACCAGUAUGUUUGCUACCUCUUUGCCGUGGGACUAGACGGGCUCUGCUAUCUCUGCCUCCCAAUGCUUCAAAGCCUCCCCCUGCUCGUGCCUUUCUCCUGUACCUUUGGCUACUUUGAUGGUGCCUAUGUGACACUGAUCCCAGUAGUGACUGCGGAAAUAGUGGGGACCGCCUCUUUGUCGUCAGCCCUCGGCGUGGUGUACUUUCUUCAUGCAGUGCCCUACUUGGUGAGCCCACCCAUAGCAGGGUGGCUGGUAGAUACGACGGGCAGCUACACAGCAGCAUUUCUUCUCUGUGGAUUCUCAAUGAUAUUUAGUUCUGUGUUGCUUGGCUUUGCUAGACUUGUAAAGAAGAAGAAAAACCCCCAGCUGCAGUUCCUUGCCAAAGAAUCCGAUCCCAAGCUGCAGCUCUGGACCAAUGGAUCCGUGGCUUAUUCUGUAGCAAGUGAAUUCGAUCAGAAAGACGGAGAAUCUGUGGCUAUUGCUGUGCCUGGUUACAACCCCACAUGACCAGUGGCCUUGAACCUGGAAUCUGCAGGGCAGGGGAGGUGGGACCACUGGAUUGUACCUGUUCCUAAAGCAUUUUAUUUUGGCAGGAGCAUUGCCUUCCAAGGAAAUUAUUAUUAUUGUUUUAUUGAUAUAUUUAUAGGGGGAAAUAGUGAAUAACAAAGCAAGCUGAACUGGCUCAGAGUUUCCUCAUUUGGAAUUUGUGCUCAUAAUUAAACUCACAUCAUUCAGGCAGUGAGCAUCACUCAGUGGAGAAUGUUAGACCAUUGCUGAUAUGAUUAGCUGUAAUUAGGGGUAAUUUCAAGGCAUGAUCAAAGCAGAUGACACUGGGCAGCAGCUCUGUCUUAAACUCUUUGCUCCUCCACCUCCUCUCUUCACUUAGAAGGUAAAUGGAAACACUGACAUGUAGGUUUGCUUACUUGAUGCUAUUUGGAGGAGGGGGUCAGCUUAGAUGUGGUAGUGGAAGGUGAAGAUGCCAGAGUUUUUUCACAGUGGAGCUUCUCAUUAGGGUUUUAAACAGG